UUUCAACAAAAAUAUUCAAAACCAAACACCAUACAACAUGGAUCAUACGCCAAACACGACACUGCUUUUCUCUUUCUUGUUUUUCAUCACUUACCUCAUCACCAUCGCGUCAUCGAAAGAUUUAUGUAACCAAAACGACAAAAACACCCUCCUAAAGAUCAAGAAGUCCUUAAACAACCCUUACCACCUCGCCUCGUGGGACCCCGAAAGCGACUGCUGCUCCUGGUACUGCCUCGAGUGCGGCGACGCCACCGUUAACUACCGCGUCAUCUCCCUAACGAUAUUCGCCGGUCAGAUAUCCGGUCAGAUCCCGCCUGAAGUCGGUGACUUACCGUAUAUUCAGAGACUUACGUUCCACAAGCUUACUAACAUCACCGGUCAGAUCCCAUCCACCAUCACCAAGCUCAAGCAUCUUCGUUUUCUCACGCUUAGCAGGUUGAACCUCACCGGCCCGGUUCCUGAGUUUCUGAAACAGCUCAUGAAUCUUGAAUACUUAAACCUUUCCUUCAAUCAGCUUUCUGGUUCCAUACCUAGCUCCCUUUCCUCGUUACCUAAACUUACGGGCAUUGAUCUUAGUAGGAAUAAGCUUACAGGUACGAUACCAGAGUCAUUUGGAUCAUUUGCAGCAGAAGUUCCUUACCUUAUCUUAUCACACAACCAGCUCUCCGGUUCGAUACCCAAAUCACUAGGAAACAAUGAUUUUCAAGAUGGCUUCAAUGUUAGCUACAACAGACUUUGUGGACCCAUCCCCACUGGAGGCAGUCUUCAGAGAUUUGAUUAUUAUACGUAUUUUCACAACAAGUGUUUGUGUGGUGCACCUCUUGAUAGUUGCAAGUAAAAACCAAGCUUAUCUCUAGGUUUCCCAAAAAAAAAUGUAAUAUCAUCUGGAUUUGAUUAAAUAAAACAUGUAUCACAUCUUGUA